CGCUGCAGUCUGUCUAUCUGCCUGUCUGGAUCCCCUUACACAGUCAGUAUGCACUAUCUAAUCACCUUGGCGGCUCAACAGUCUCUCACCCCAGAGGAUACCCGAAGCACCUUCGCCAUGAGAACUCUCCUCGUCUUCCUCGCCUGCUCAUUGGCUGCUGUGAUGGCAGCUCCUCCUCAAAACAAAGGCAUUAUCAUUAAUCUGGAGAACGGCGAGUUGUGUUUAAACAGCCUCCAGUGUAAAAGCUCCUGUUGUCACAGGACUUCAGGGGUCAGCUUGGCUAGAUGUAUCCAUUUAGCUGCCGACAAACAGGAAUGCUCAACAAAGACUCUAUAUGGGACCUACUACCGCUGUCCCUGUGAAAGUGGUCUCAAGUGUAAGACUGACAUCAGCAUAGGUGGCUCCAUCACAAACACCAACUUCGGAGUCUGUUACGACCCCAGUAACGAGGUGCCCUUAAACAGACACCCCCUGUCCCAUUGAACAGCCCCAGCACUCUACUGCUAACACUGGCACACGGCUCUUCUCUUAAACACCACACAGCUUGAUGCACCCACAACAAUGGCAAUAGAGUGGAGUGACCCCCCCCCCCCCCCACUCUAUCUAAU